UUACUUUUGCUAGCUUGCUCUGUGGUACCUAUACACAAUUUCAAACAGAUAUUGCUCGAAAACAUAUUUCUUGUAAAAUUAGAAAUCUUUGACGGUUUCUCUAGUUUUACGCGUUACAACAAGAUAAUUCAAAAUGUCUCACACUAUUUUGCUGGUUCAACCUGGUCCAAGGCCCGAAACUAGGACAUACUCAGACUAUGAAAGCGUCAACGACUGUAUGGAGGGUGUUUGCAAGAUAUAUGAAGAGCAUCUCAAGAGGCGAAAUCCAAAUACACCAACCAUCACAUACGAUAUUUCCCAAUUGUUUGAUUUCGUUGAUCAGCUUGCUGACCUGAGCUGCCUAGUGUACCAAAAAUCAACAAACACAUAUGCUCCAUACAAUAAAGAUUGGAUCAAGGAGAAAAUAUAUGUAUUACUACGCCAAGCUGCAGGACAGAGUGAUUAGGUUUAAAUUGCUGUUACAAGAUUAUUAGGACUGUUUGGGAAGGAAUGCCUAUUCUAUGCCCAAAACAGGAGACUUUGAAAAAAGAAUUCUAUUAUAAUGUGACUCCAAGGCAAAGUGUUUUGAGUAUGUGUGGUAAAGACUUUCUGCACCUGUAAAUCUUAAAAUAAGAUUAUCCAUUGAAACAAAUUAAUAUUAAGAGCUAAUUCACUCUCUAUAAAUGAUUUUCUGUUACUUAGGUAAUAAGUAA